AUGCUAGUGGUCACCUACUCCUGUGAGCACAACCAUAUGUGGCCGGCUUCUAGGAACCACCACUCAACGAACAAACCCGUAAAGCUUGAAACCAUUGCAAGCGCCAAGCCCAAGCCGGAGGAUAAGUUCGCGGAUCUAGAGGACGAGUCAUCUUUGAUGGCGAGCAACGAGUUCAGUUGGUUCAGCGACAUGGAGACGACGUCUUCGACAGUGCUCGAGAGCCCCAUUUUUGCAGAGAGGAGUUCAGGCGACGUCGACGUGGCGAUGUUUUUCCCAAUGAGGGAGGAGGACGAGUCGCUAUAA